CAUUUUAAAUCCUUUUCACUCCUUCAAUAAUAACAAAUCUCGUAACCUGUCCUCUCGCUUAAUUUCUCCCGCCCGGCGAUACCCUCCGGCUCCCUCGUGGAGCUUGCUUUAAUGCCAAUACGCCACCAUGCCAACUGCCUCCGCUGCCCUUGCUCACCGCCCUAUGGACCUCCUCAACCGUCUCGCCUCACCUGACCCUGAUAUCAAGCUCAAGGCCCUCAGAGAAAUCAAGAACCAGAUCAUCGGUAAUCGCACCAAGAAACUUGCCUUCCUCAAGUUAGGCGCCAUUCCUACCGUUGCUUCCAUCCUUGCCGAAGCCGACUCUCAAUUAGCGCAAGGUGACGUCAGCAUCGCGGAUAAAAAUAGUAACCACUACAAUUAUAACAUUAUUAUCCAGUCUGCGGCGGUUCUUGGGAGCUUUGCAUGCGGCUUUGAUGCCGGUGUCCGAGCCGUUCUAGAUGCCGGCGCUUUCCCUUACCUUGUUCGGCUCCUUUCCAAUCCAGAUGAGAAGGUGGUGGAUGCUAGUGCUCGUUCCAUUAGAAUGAUCUAUCAGUCUAAACUAACACCAAAAUAUGAAUUCCUUAAAGAUAAAAAGAUGGAAUUCCUUAUUUCAUUAUUGAACAGCGAGAGUGAAAAUGUUACUGGUCUUGGUGCAAGUAUCAUUACGCAUUCUUGUGAGACAAGUCUGGAGCAAACGUCAUUAUGUGAUGCUGGGGUUCUACAUAAGCUUCUUAGCCUCCUUGACGGUUCUCUUUGUCAGAGAGAUGCCAGCUUGGAGUCUCUGGCUGCAUUGUUCAGGAACAAUCCUGAAGUCAUCUCAAAGUUUGUGGGACCAGAAAGUGGACGAGCUUUGGGUUCUAUAAUGGGAUUGACAAAGGACAGGAAUCCACGGACAAGACUGCUUUCCUGCAUGUGCCUGAUUGUCAUAAGGAAUUCUUCUUCUUGCUAUCUGCAAGAUAUAGGAAUCAAAACCAAAUUGGUACAUCUGUUACUUGAGCUUCUUGAUGAUCCUGGUCAAGUUGGAGAUGAAGCUCCCUUUGUUUUUUCCAGUUUAAUCAUGGAAAAGGAGGACCUACAGAAAUUAGCUUUUGAGGCAAAUGCCCUUGAUAAAUUUUCAAAUCACUUGCAAAACUUUCGGUUACAUCCGAAGCGAUUCCAAGGUAUAUUGCUGGCAUUGGCUGAUAUAUGCUCAAAGCUGGAGAGCUGCAGAUCUAGAUUCCUGUCAUUGCAGGUUUUGAAUUUGGUGAUUGAUGCACUAACUCAUGAUAGUGCUGAUGUACGCACUGCAGCUUGUAUUUGCAUAAGAAGUGUCACUCGGUCAAUCAAGAACUUAUGUGCAGGAUAUUUUAUGAAUGAAGUGCUUGUUAUUCCUUUGGUCCAGCUUUUAAAUGACCCUUUGGCGUCUGUUCAGGUUGCAGCUCUUGGUGCUCUCAGCAACAUACUAGUUGAUUUUACAACAGGAAAAUCAACUUUUGUACAGUGUGGAGGUGUAAAGCAGCUCAUCCAGCUUUCAAAAUCGAUGGAUUCAACUGUCAGGUUAAAUGCAUUAUGGGCUUUGAAGAACAUGGUGUUUCUGGCAGAUGAUAGAUGUAAAGAAGGAAUUUUUAUGGAGCUCACUGCUUCUUUGUUAGCAAGCCUUAUCUGUGACCACGACCCUUUUGUUCAAGAGCAAGCUUUAGCCUUUGUUCGGAAUCUUAUUGAAGGAUCUAUAAGCUCGGUUGAGUUUGUCUUUACUGAAAGUGGUAUUAUAUUAGAUGCUGUUAGAAAGCAAUUAGAGAAUACUUCAAAAGCUGAAGUUGGCAUACAGGGAAUGUAUGUGCUAUGUAAUUUGGCUAGUGGAAAUGAGUUUCAUAAGGAAGCGGUUAUGCAACAACUUCUUUCACAAGUGGACAAUGAGACCCAAUCUUUCAUAAUCAAGUUCUUGCAGAGUAAUGACAGCCGAUUGCGUACAGCUGCUGUCUGGGCCAUAGUAAAUCUCACAUUUCCAUCAAGUCCUGGUGCAUUUUGUCGGCUUGUUAAACUACGGAGUGCAGGCAUAGUACCUCAAAUAAGGAAUAUGGUCAAUGAUCCCUGCCUGGAUGUAAAGCUUCGUGUUAGAACAGUGCUUGGUCAGGCUAUGACUUUUGGUGAUGGCCUCUCAUGAUCAUUUUGAUUCAUUCCUUAAAUCUAGCACUAAGAUGAGAGAUAAUGCUGUGUAGUUUUUGGUCUUGACCAUUUUGUAAGAUAUGUCCAGCUUAUUUCAAGAAGCUUAAAGCAUUUGAUGCUUCAACCAAGGUAUCACACAUUGCUUCAUUUUUUCCAGUUAGGGCAGUGUGGAAACUUUCUUUUUUAUGGGCACCACUGAGCAGGUCACCCUCAAAAUCUCAUUGCAUAUGUGUUGAUUUUUUUUACGUACCCCAAUGGUCGUUGCUGUAAUACACGGUACAGGCACAUAUAUUGAACUCUGUGACGUGCACAGUGCAUGUGGAAAGUUGUACCAUCUAUCAGAAUUUUAGAUUUAAUUGAUAGUUUAUCUUCGUCUGCUUUAA